GCUCAGUUGAGUUUCGUGUUCUUCAUCGGGAAGUAGGAGGUUGCCGUGCGCGAAGUUGCUUGUCGUUUUUUAGGUUUUGUUUUAUUAUUAUUCAAGUUUUUACUUUUGUGAAGCCUCGAGUCGGAAGAAAAUUAGUCGCUUCGCAUUCAUUAAAUUUUCUUCGAUUCGCUUACAUCGUCGGUGCAGAGUGAUUUUUAAUUUAAUUACAAUGUCAGUUUGAUUAGUGGCGUUCGUUUUUCGGGUGCAUUAAUGUUUGGUGGCUAAAAUCGCAAUUUGCGCUGGCGGAGAGAAAGAAAAAACUGGCUCCCCUCCGAUACUGCCAGGGUGAUGACGGUUGCUGCAGUGUUGGCUGUCUCUAGAAUCUAGAAGGAAAAACCAGUGGAGUUUGGUCGCAUUCGGAGCUCGCUGCUCAGCUUUUUGCCUGAGUGCUGCUGGCUAGUUGGCCUUUUUGGUUGAUGGAUGAAAAAAGAAGGUGUAUUAUUUAGCUAAUAAGAAGUCGUGGUGUGCAAACGCUAGUCAAUGGUGUGAGUGAGAAGAAAGAAGGAAGGAAGGCGUAUAUCGUACAGGUCAGAAGAAGUUUCAAAGAAGAGUGUUGGCCAUCGUGUCCCGUCGUGGCUGUGAAUGGGGUCCAGCGGGCAUUCAAGAGUGUAAUGUAAGCAGGGAAAUCGAAAAGUACGAUAACAGGGAGAGUGGUUCCUACAAGUCGAGAAAAAAAAGUACUUUGGUGUUUGUGUUACGCUUGGGAUCUGGUAGUGGCCGUCUUGGAGGUGACUGGAUGUUCUGUGAGAUCACCAAAAUUCCGGUGCUUUCGGACUUGGGUGGACCGACGAUUGGAUGGCAGCUGAGGUGAUUUCGGGCGAAGCGAAAAAAUAAAUACUGGAUAAUUUCAACGAUGCUGAGGUUCCUGAGCCGAAGGAAGACUCGGACUGUGGCCGGGUCGGAUACGGCAAACAGUCAAAUUAAGUCCCAGCGGAUUCCGAACAACAAGAAUCUGGUUCCGUGCCGGGUGAUACUACUGGAUGACACGGAUUUGUCGGUGGAUUUAACGAAAAAAGCUUUGGCGAACGAUUUGUACGAGCAAGUCUUCUACUCGUUGGAUCUGAUAGAGAAGGACUAUUUUGGGCUGCAGUACACCGAUGCCAACAACGUUAAACAUUGGUUGGAUCCCACAAAAGCGAUUAAAAAACAGGUUAAAAUUGGUCCUCCGUACACUCUCCGGCUUAAGGUCAAGUUCUACUCGUCCGAACCGAACAUCCUUCGUGAGGAACUUACGAGGUAUCAGUUCUUUCUACAGCUUAAACACGAUCUUCUGGACGGUCGACUGGAAUGUCCGGACGCGCAGGCAGCUGAGUUGGCCGCCCUGGCCUUACAAUCUGAACUCGGCGACUAUGACGAGAGCGUACACUCGGCAGCGACAGUAUCGGAGUUUCGGUUUGUACCCAACCAGACCGAGGAGCUGGAGAUUAUGAUCUUGGAUGAGUACAAAAAAUGUGUCGGCCUCACACCGGCCCAGGCGGAAACCAGCUUUCUCAACAAAGUCAAAUUGUUAGACAUGUACGGGGUGGAUAUGCAUACCGUUUUGGGAAAAGAUGGCUGCGAGUACCACCUGGGCCUCACCCCAACCGGCAUCCUAGUAUUCGAGGGCAUCCAGAAGAUUGGCCUUUUCUUCUGGCCCAAGAUUGGCAAGCUUGAUUUCAAGAAGAAGAAACUUACCCUGGUGGUGGUGGAAGACGACGACCACGGCCGAGAGCAGGAACACACCUUUGUCUUUCGGCUGCACAACGAGAAGGCCUGCAAGCAUCUGUGGAAGUGUGCAGUCGAGCAUCACGCCUUCUUCCGGUUGCGUGCCCCGGUCAAGGGUCCGUCCGCAAGGCAGAACUUUUUUCGGAUGGGCUCCCGCUUCCGAUACUCUGGCAAAACAGAGUUCCAGACAACGCAACAGAACCGAGCCCGGCGGACGGUGCAAUUCGAACGGCGACCAUCGCAACGCUUCGCUCGUCGCCAGUCCCACGUGCUGCGGGAACGGCAGAAGCAAAUCUCUCCCGAUCAGUCACUACAACAGCCUAAACGACAGCAAUCGCCCACCGCUGAUGAUGCUCAGAAUUCCACCUCCGGAACAUCCACUCCAUCGGCGAAUACGGUGAUACACAAUCACAUUACCGCUUCGGCUAGCAGUGCUUCCGACAUUGGUGUGAAUUUCGUUAAUGGGAACCUUCCGUCUCUAAGCUCGAAUAAGUCCAUCUCUUCUAGCGAAGAUGUAACGAACGCUAAGCUGGGCUCGUUUGGAAAGGCCGGAAUCUCGUACAAAUCUGAGGAACCUGUUGGGAAGUUGAUUGACCACGAUGUUCCUUUCAUUCGGCCACCCGGCCAUCACCACGGGGGAUCCUUCGGAAAAGCGUCCAUUUGCUCCGGGUUCAGCAUUAAAACGAACUCCUCCGAUCGGGACAGUCAGUUGGAUACUCUUAUGAAAUCGAUUGCAAAAGACCCAGCCCCGUCAUUGCACGGAGUAGAACUGAACGAUGCUAGUAGCUUUAAGAUUACCAUCAACAAAACUUCCGAGCUGGAGACUAACAACGAUACGCUGAAGAAACUGGCAGCCAGUCCGGCUGAGAAGCCCAACAAUCAAAUCAAGCUUUCAAAUGCCGCAGUGACAUCUCUUCCACCAGGGCAGAUUAAGUGUAAUAUUUUGAAAGCACGUGUAGAGGAAGAACUUCAUCCUAAGUUGACAAACCAUCAGCUGUACGUACCAAGUCAGUCAUUGAACGAUGGCCCAGAUUCGCUAAAUGCAGCAACGUUUGUGUCGGUGGGUGGUGAUAAGUUAACCUUAAACCUAACGGGAACUACGACUCCCGCGGUCAGCGGCUACACCACGAUCACCACUAUGUUAUCGAGCCCGACGUCGAUCACCCCGACAUCGCCGAUUCAUCCGAUGAAAACCUUCCUACCACCGGUGACGCCACCACCCUCGCUAAUAUCCACUACCAGUACCACUGCCAUCCACAACAGUUUACCGGAUCAAGGUUCCCUCCUGAAUGGGCUCAGCGGAAUCGACAAUGUCACCGUGACGCACUUUUCCGAACAAAAAGGAGGUAUCGUUGAAAAAAUUAGUGUUCCUUCCCCAUCGACCGGCCUGCUGGAUUCAACUUUGACUACGGAAAAACUAGCUAACAAUAACCCGUUCCUCAACAUGUCCAAUCCAGUCUCCCCAACGGUGCCAAUUACUCCGAUCAAAGCAUCCACUAAUCCCUUCCACAACAUAUCAACCUCCUCCAGUAGUUCGGGCACCUCCGAAAGUGCGCUGCACACUGCGGAGAUCCUCAACGUUACAAGUUCACCCCAACAGCUGCAAUCGACCGAAUUCAAAAGUAGCAAUCCGUUCAAACAUAGCACCACCCGGGCUCGCAGUAAAUCACCGGCUUUGACUAAGCAAAGCCCGGGGGAUAGCAGUAGUUCGACGCCCAGCAGAGGUGCAUCUCCCAGUAGCAACGGCGCGGUGAUUGCGAUAGAUUUAAAGGAUCUGAAGAGAGCUCCAAGUUUCAACAAGGCUCGAAAAGUGGAGAUACCGGUAGUGGUGGCGGCGAAAAAGGACCUUACGGAUUCUGUUGCUCUGAAUAGCCUAGACGGUGGUGGUACGGAUGCCGUGAACGACGUGAAACCGAUCAAGGAAGCCCUCAAGGAGAACAUCAAACCCCACUCGAUGGAUAUAUCGCCAUGGCUUGUCUCGUCCGACGUCGUUACCGGCUCGACCAAGGCCAAGGAGGCUACCAUUAUCCGGAAGUCGGUCAUCACAACGCAGCUGUAAUAGGGGAUAGCGGGGUUUGUUUGUUUGUUUUAUGUGUUUUCGCUGUAGGCCAGCGUUCAUACUAGAUACUAGUAUACUUUGACAGUUUGUGCUUGUUUUUAUUGUUUAGCGAUUCGAGGCCUUGUGACUAGAGGGAAGCACGGUACCUUCCCAGGUUAGGAAGUAGUUUUUAUUACCUGUCUCAAGUACUUAAAGAACGGUUACACAAAUACAGGUUGAAGCAAAUGUUCUUAAACAAAGUUGAAACGAAGCAGUCUUUCGCUAAGGUAGUCGAAUAUUUCGGCAGAAGGCCAAGCAACAUUUCCAUCAGAAGCAGCUUUAGUUGUCCGCAUAGUAUUAAAUGAUCUCAACACAUUCCACACAACCAGCAGUGCCGCUUUUUCUGAAGUCAACGAACCGAUGGGUUACUAAAUCCAUCGCACAGUCAAACUGCUUUGCCUGAAGCAAAAUAAUAGGUGCUUCCUUAAAAUAAAACUGCUUUUUCAGAAGUAUCUAAGUACAUACAUCAUAUAUAAAUUCCGGUACUUCUACUUCCGGAUACCGCGUAGACAUCGAAUUAACAAUUAACCCAUUACAGCGUCUUUAGUUACAGCAACCCAGGAAAAGUUCCUUGGUUUACAAUAUUGCGCCUUUCAAUGGUAGUGCCUUCGUACAACUAACUAAGUAAAUGAUUUUGUUGUUCCAUCACCAACAUGUAAGUGCACUAACAAGAUUCUGGUGCCAUUUAAGUGUCGACAAGAAAGGUAGGAAACCCCUGGCAAAACCGCGCCGUGCUCAUUAUAAUCGAAUUAUAAAAGCAAAAUCGCAAGUGGAAGACAGCGCGCCGCAAAAGCUUCAGUAUGUUAAGUAUUUAUUUAGAGUUUUGUUUUGGCCCCCCACCCGUUCCUAAUCAACUGGAGCGGGGUCAAAUGUGACGUAAUAAUUUUAAAAAUUAUUAUCUUACUAUCCGCUGAUUGGUUUUCGAGGGCAGCCAAGUUUAAAUAUUAUUACUUCUAGAAGAAAAUAUAUUCGCUGAAAGAUGAUUUAUUGAUAAAAUCGAGCAAGUAGAAACGAAAGUGAGAAUGAGAAUCAAAAUUUUUAUCUUUAUCCAUAUACAACAAGAUUUUAAAAAUACUUAUAUAAAAUGGGAUACAUGUAUCCACAUUAUAAUCAAACGGUGUAUAAUAAAUUGACGUGAAGUUACAUCGAAUAGUCUGAUCGAAGCAAAUCGAAUUGAGGAUAAGACGGUUUUCAGCGUCGGAAAGUAUAUAGUUUUUGAAAGGUCUUUUUGAUUAAGAAAUGAACCUUGGUGAUGAAUCGUGUAAUAAAUUUGCAAGCAUUACAGAA